AUGUUACUUUUUCUUUUAUUUAAUGCUCAAAAAAUUUGUUUUCCUUUCUGCACUGUCAAUAACGAAUCAUCACCAGUUGAAAAUCUUGGUCAAAUUCUCUUUAAUUUUCUUCGAAAUUCUAACAGUCGUCAUGUAUGCACAAAGAAAUUUACAUCGACUGAUGCUAAUCAACAAAUAAUGCUUGAACGUUUAAUGAAAGGAAUGAUUUUAAAUUAUCAACAACAAUGGAUACUUGAUAAUAUACCUAUUAUGUUAUGUUAUAGAAAUACUGAAAAUCGAGAAUUUUGUUCCCGUAGUUUUCCUAUUGGCUGUUAUGUAACUAAAAGUGGUCAAACAAAAGAAUCAUGUAAUAUUCGUGAUGGGCAAAAUGAUAUAUUUUAUGUAUUUAAUCAUUUGGAUUUUGAAAUAACUUAUCAUAAUGAACUAGAUAAAAUAUGGGAAAGUGCAUUGAGUGAAGAUAGUAGUCGAAUUAUUUCAGCGAAAAUACAAGUUAAUAGUUUAAAUUCAAAUAGAUGUGAUCGUGCUAAUAAACCAGUUAUGUUUCAAUCGACAAGCAAAGAUGUUGAAAUUCCAUUUUACAUACACUGUACAAUUUAUAAAAAAUGA